ACUCACACGAUAUAGUCAAGCGCUUCCGUCACCUACUGCUCGCCACCACUCUAUGUCUCAGGGGGACAAGGCCAAGAUGGAGGCGCCUGUGACGUUAGUGUUGGUGAUGACGACUCUGGUCUCCCUCUGUGUCUCUCAAGUACUUUAUCCUAAUGGUAGUACGGAAGCGCUGUCAGUAGCGAGAGAGGCUUUAGGUGAUGUUUUAGCAACUGUGUCACAUCCUCACAGUUCUCUCAUCUUUCUCACUGACGGCACCACCUCGGCAGCCACUCUCUUCAUGAUGCGGCCUCCCUGGGGGAUAAGCGUACUGGAGGUGACAGUGAACAGUCAAGAUGCUGUAGACACCCAGGCGAGGUUCUCCAGGGCGGUGAAGGAAGCUCGCAAGCUGCGGCAGGUGUCAUGGAGCGUGACGGUGGUGGUGGUGAGCGACGACCCAGCCUUCCUCGCCGCCUUAGCCAAGUGGACCCUCAAGGGCCGCCUGCUGGUGUGGUCGACGAGGCUCCUAGCCGUCACCCGCCUGCCUCUCCCUGAGCUCCAACACCUACACAAGACUUUUUCCAUGACAAACGCGAUGUUACUUAUCCUGGAAAAUAACUCACUCAGUUUAUACGUGCACCUACCAUUUACCCCGAAAGAAGCCCAGGCUCUCAAGAUCGCCUCAUGGUCACCCCAGCGGGGCCUUGUUCUCACCACCCACCUACAAAUUUUCCCGGAAAAGUUUUCAACAUUUUACAAUGGGCCAUCACUCUUGGUGGCAGCUGAGGAGUUUGAGCCUCACAUUGCAUUAGUUGAGGAGACGGACGGAAGUUCAGCCGUGCCAUCAUUCACGGGGCCAAUGGUCAAUUUGCUGGAGAUACUGGCUGAUACUAUGAACUUUACGUACAGGUACAUACGGCCUCCUGACGGGUCUUGGGGAGUCAAGCGCGAGGACGGAUCCUGGACCGGUAUGGUUGGUAUGGUGGGCAGAGGGGAGGCGGACAUUGGUCUUGGCCCCUUUGGUGUGAGCGCCACUCGAGCUGAGAUGGUGGACUUCACGAGGGAGAUAAUAACAGAGACAGCGAGGAUCAUGGGAGGUCGGGGUCUGCCGGAGGUGGACGCGUGGGGCUUCCUGCUGCCCCUGGCACCACUGGUGUGGAUGGGCAUUCUGGCGGCGCUGCUGGUGAUGCCUGCUGUGGUGCUUCUCAUGUCGGCAUUUUCUGGUUUCAAAACCAGCAGUAAUAACCUUUGGUCCUCAGAUAGGUUCUUCGGUUACAUACGCGUACUUCUACAACAAGCUAAUACGGCAUCUCCAGACCUGUGGUGGGAGAGGACAGUGUUAGCGACGUGGUUGAUAACUAUAUUGAUACUGACCAAAAGCUACGCCGGUAACCUUAUGUCCAACUUAGCUGUCAGGUAUAUCCCACAACCCUACCAGUAUCUCCGGGAUGUGGUUGAUGACUCCUCGGUGAACAUGAUAUGGGAAACCAACACCGCCUAUGUGCAAUAUUUUCGUUCUGUCAAGUCUGGUAUAUUCAAAGAGGUUGCUGACGCCGAGAAACAAGACCGACUCAAGUACGUGAAAGGCGCUGAAUUUUCCACAAACAUGGACACAUUUGUGAGGCGAGGGGAUCACGUUAUCAUCGCGGAAUACCGAUACGAGAGAGUUCUCAUGGCCCAAGACUUCUCACGUACAGGACGGUGUGACUUCUAUACGUCCAGAGAAAAGUUUAUGCCCUUCAUGUCAUCUAUGGUUGGUCCAAGGGACAGUCCUCUGGUUCCUGUCAUCGGGAAGAGCAUCAAGGCAGUAACGCAGACAGGACUAUACGACCACUGGACGGAGGGAUACAUGCCUAAUGCUACUUCCUGUGCGCAUCCACCAACAAAGAUUACUGUCAACACCUCGUUAGCCUUCCACAACCUCUGGGGGAUGUUCGUGAUGCUGGUUGGUGGUCACACUGUCAGCCUCAUUGUCCUGGUCCUCGAGCUCCUCAACGCCCGACGAGAGAACCUCUAAGUCUCCUCUUGACAACAUGCCACCAUACGUAUAAUAUCACUAACUGGACCAACAACUUCAGCAGCUUGGGAAUCUAAACACCUCAGACUGCUGACCUGAAGCUUAGAAUUCCGUAUUGUAAUAUUAUGUUGUCACUCUAAAUUCAUUCUUUUUCUCAGGCUGUUGUGUUUAUCUAUUUUGUUGUAUUUGUUUAUCGUCCGAAGGAUUAUUACAAUAAAGU